UUGGCCAUGGAUACCAAUUCUUCUCCGUCUCUUGCUUCUGAACACCAUGUAGACUCUCUGCAACCUGCUCUUGUUGACCUUUCUCUCGGAGAUAAGUCUGUGGACUUGGAUCCAUGGCAAGACUCGGCUCCUCAACCCACACAUACCGUACUUCAUACCCCCGACCCUUCUCUCCUUGACCCGGAGACAACGAAAGGUGUACAGGACGACAAUGAGCAAGUGUCAUCCAAAGAGGAUGCCAGUGCCGAAAUUUCAGAGAAGGAACACGCCGACAAAUCCGUCCUCGAUGCAUUCGAUCCGCUCGUGAGCCCCGAAGAACGGGACGCACAUGACGCCUGGGCAAGUUCAGAGGGACACGCACCACCAGCUCCACCUCCAAAGUCCCCUAAGCCCAUCCUCGUACCGCCAUCUCAGCUGCAGGAAGCCCCAUCGACACCUCAACGCUCUAAUACUUCUCCAUCUUCGAGCACGUCUGGGUUUCCAGCCAUGGCUGCGGCAUUCGCUCGUUCAUUCAACCUCCCCUCUCUGCCUCUCGGCAACUCACCCAGUACACCACCUAGAAGGCGACCACAAUCUAUGGACUUUGCGACCGUCAUGCCGACUCCAAUACAUGCACCAUCGUUUGCGGCUCAGCAGGAGAAGUCUCGAACACCGGAGGUUGAUGAUGAGGAAUUGGCCGCUAGAGGCUCUCCGAAACGACGGUCAACAGAUACCCAAGGACGGACUGCCUCGCCUUUAAUACCCGGCCUUUCGUCAGGAAGGAAUAGUGGCACUGCUUCUCCCAGUCUCAGGGUGGCGAGAGGUGGCCAGGGGAGUAAGGACGGCAAAGGUGGAGAUCCGCCUUUCGAUUUCCAGAAGUUCCUUGAUCAAAUGAAGACGAAGAGUGCGGAGCCCGUGGCGAAAUACUUGAAGUCGUUUCUGAGCAACUUCGCGAAGAGGACGUUCACCGUAACCGACCAAGUCAAGCUCAUCAAUGAUUUCCUCAAUUUUAUCUCAGGGAAAAUGCGUGAGGCCGAAGUGUGGCGUAAUGGUACAGAAGCAGAGUUUGACAACGCAAUGGAGGGUAUGGAGAAAUUGGUCAUGAACCGUCUCUACGACUUUACCUUUACGCCACAGGUCGUUCGUGCUAUACCUCCAAGACCUGUGACAACUGAUGACCUGGAGCGAGAUCGGGUUCUCGCUCAGCGGGUGGCGCUGUUUGGAUGGAUAGAACCAUCGCAUCUAGACGUCCCAGAAGGAGAGGGAGGCAAUGGUUUCCUGAUGUUCGCUGAGCAAGAGCUCGUGAAGAUCAACCACUACAAGGCACCUCGAGACAAGCUCAUUUGUAUACUGAAUUGUUGCAAGGUCAUCUUUGGGCUCAUACGGCACCUAGGCACGGACGAGAGCGCAGAUUCAUUCAUCCCUAUCUUGAUUUUCGUCGUGCUCAAGGCAAAUCCAGAACAUCUACUGUCCAAUGUCGAGUUCAUCCAACGGUUCCGAAAUCCGCAGAAGCUGCAGAGCGAGGCAGGAUAUUAUCUUUCGAGCCUGAUGGGUGCGGUAUCGUUCAUCGAAACGAUGGAUCACACGUCGUUGUCAAAUAUCACACAAGAAGAGUUCGAAAGCAACGUCGAAGCAGCAAUUCAAUCACUACCGUCUUCUCGACCAGACUCACCACCUCUUUCUGCUCCUUUACCUUCGACUAACUCUGGAAUGUUCACCCCUACCCACUCCACGAGCUUCUCUACCUCCUCUGCUUCCUCACGACCCCGAGCAAACCCCAUCCCAGUCCCAACCGCACCAUAUUCCCACGCAGGCGAAGAGCCCGCCACACCCCUGUCCCUUCCCUUCGGCGAUGACGCCAAGAGACUACUCCAGAGGACAGGUGACACCAUCAGCAAACCUCUCAACGCCAUCGGGCGGAUAUUCUCAGAAGUUCUAGACGGGGCAGAGGAGAGGCUUCAAAGCGGUUCGAACUCGGGUACGCAGACGCCUCGAGAUCAGGGCACGAGCAAUCAAGUGGUCCCGAUCCAGACACCGUACAAACCAAGAGUGAGGCGGAUGCCGAGUCCCGCCGGAUCGACCCACUCGAGCUUAAGAUCCUUCCCUUUUGGCCCUGGAGGACCAGGCGGGGGCUACAAUCCUGAAGAAACGCCCUCGCGACCUCCUCCCGGCGUCCCCCACGGCACUCGACCACUCAGCGCCCUGCCCCUGCCGGCGCAUUCGAGAUCUAACUCUGCACAACAGGCGUUGCAGGGGCAGUUGUUGUCGACUUCGCGGACGCCGACGCCAAGUCUGGAUAUAUCGCAGAUGCAGGAGGAGAUCGAUAGGGCGCACGAGAGGGCGAAUGGGGCGGCGAAGGAGACGUUGAGGCAGAUAUUCCCGGCGGUGGAUGAGGAGGUGUUGGGGCUUGUGUUUGAGGCGAGUGGGGCGGAUUUGGGGAGGAGUAUUGAGAAGUUGUUGGAGAUGGCGAGCGGGGAGUAGGGGAAUGUGGAACGGAAACAAUAGAGUUGACAUUGUUCUUGACCUCAAUGCUGAAGAUAUACAUGCAGUUUCUCGACCAUCGAAGUAUAACAUACUAGGCAAGAUUAGCGUCGUGGAAGCAGACACAAU